AAAAAAAAAAGAAUCAAUCGGUUUCGGUUUGCACGGGAAACAAGUGAAGAUGGCGUGCUUACACGAUCACAGUUGUGAAGAACAUGACUGUUCCUCUAAUUGGUCUCUCUAUCAGCACAUAGAUAUCUCCAAGGUAUUUGCUUUGAAUGAGGCCACACCAGGUAGUGUUAAAUCAGUUUUUAAAGCUUGGGAAGAUAGGCUGAAUACUUCUGGGGAACACUUGGAAAGCAAUGAGGGUGAUCCUGAGUUACUUGUAUUCAUUCCGUUUACUUCAGAUGUUAAGAUUAAGAGCAUAUCCAUAGUCGGUGGAGCUUAUGGAACAAGUCCCUCCAAGAUGAGAGUGUUCAUCAACCGAGAGGGCAUUGACUUUUCAGAUGCACAAAGCAUGCAAGCCGUUCAGGAAUGGGAUUUGGUUGAGAAUAUGCAAGGAGUGUUGGAAUACCAGACAAGAUAUUCUAAAUUUCAAAGUGUGGCAAAUAUUACAUUGCACUUUCCUGAGAGUUUUGGAGGAGACAUAACGGAAAUACACUACAUUGGCUUUAAAGGCGAAGCCACUCAGAUGAAAAGGGAUGCCGUUGCCAAUAUUGUUUAUGAGCUGUUGCCAAAUCCUUCUGACCACAAGACACAUGCUGAAAGUGGCGGGGGUCUUUCACACAUAGAAUGAAACACAUUUACUAUUUCUAUUUUGUUUACUUAAUAACCAUCGCAACCCAAUCUUGUUCCCCUUGUUUCGAUCCACCUAAGACAAGAAAGUACAGCUGGACCUGGUUAAAUACAAUACUGUGCUAUGAAAUAUUUAGUCCUGCAGUCUAUGUAAA